AAAUUGAGGAAGCUAAUGCACAUAGAUUUAAGUUGGAAUGUCUUUGGAAAGGACAUUUUAAGAUUCUUGGGUGGUGCACUCCCAGAUCUUAAAUCUGUUGACCUGAGUCACAAUGAAAUGCAAGGGCCUCUUUCUAGCAAAGAUAUGACAAAUUUCAGUAGUUUGGAGAUUUUAGAUAUGAGUGGUAAUGCGUUUACUGGAAUUCUUUCUCCAUAUAUUGGGGCACUACCAUCUCUCAAGGCUAUAUCAUUAUCUCAAAAUAAACUUAAUGGGCCUCUGCAAUUGCAUACUAAAGAUUUAGGUAUGUUGAAGAAACUUGAAGAGUUGGAUCUUUCUGAUAAUAACUUUGAAGGGAUCCUUCCUCCAUGCCUAGGCAGAUUGACAUCUCUUAGGUUUUUAGAUAUAUCUAAGAACCAAUUCAGUGGAAAUGUUCCUUCAUUUGUGAUAGCCAGCUUGACAUCCCUAGAGUACAUUGAUCUUAGUUAUAAUCGUUUUGAGGGUUUAUUCUCAUUCAGCUCACUUGCUAAUCACUCUAAGCUUAAGGUGGUUCGAUUUAAAGGUGAAAACUAUAGGGUCGAAGACGAUAACAAAUUUGUGAGUGAAAGCAACAAACUUGUGAUAGAAACUGAAAAUCCUAGUUGGGAACCUUCAUUUCAGUUAAAGGUGUUGCUACUGCCAAAUUGUAAUCUGAAUAACUUCUCCUCCAAUGUUCCUAAAUUUCUCUUUUACCAACGAGAAUUGGAAUUGGUCGAUAUCUCUCACAAUAGGUUGAAGGGAAGCUUCCCCAAUUGGUUGAUUGAAAAUAAUACUAGACUACAAUUACUAAAUCUUCGGGACAAUUAUUUUGGGGGUCCAUUUAAUCUGCCAACAGAUCACUACAAGAAUCUUUCUUGGUUGGAUUUUUCUUACAAUAAUUUUGAUGGGCAGCUCCAAGAAAAUAUUGGAAAGAUUUUAAACUUACAAUAUCUAAAUAUAUCUCGAAAUCAUUUUGAAGGUAAUCUCCCAUCCUCAAUUGGUGACAUGAGUAAUUUGGAGAAAUUGGAUUUGUCCAAUAAUUAUUUUUCGGGAGAGGUACCAAUGAAAUUGGUUGCCAAUUGCACCUCCUUGGUAGUUUUGAAGUUAUCUAAUAAUGAAUUUCAUGGUGAAAUUUUCUCAAAGAGGUUCCAGUUUUUUAACAAUAGCUUACGUGUUUUGGAAUUGAACAACAAUCUUUUCAGAGGUACCCUUCCAGAUAUGGUAUCACCAACUAGUAGUUUCUUGGGGAUCCUUGAUAUUAGCCACAAUGGCUUCUCAGGUUUAAUUCCCAAAUGGCUAGGAAAUAUGCCAUUCCUUUGGUCUCUUGACAUGAGUAAUAAUUUUUUUGAAGGUGAAAUUCCAUGUGAAAUGCAUGCAUAUAUUUUAAUAGACCUUUCUCAUAACCGGCUUUCAGGAUUGUCACCAUCUUGUGCUGAUUUAUCCAUCAUUCAGCAUCUAUUUUUGCAAGGGAACAGACUCACAGGACCAAUACCAAAAGUUACUUUCAGUGUUUCAUUUCAUCUUGUGACAUUGGACAUUAGAGAUAACCUAUUUUCUGGGAGAAUCCCUUAUGAAGUUGGCGAGCUUUCAAAUUUGAGAAUACUGUUGUUAAGUGGCAACAAUUUUAGUGGAACAAUUCCAAAGCAGCUAUGUUGGUUAAAGAAUUUAGAGAUUAUGGAUCUUUCAAAGAACUAUCUUUCUGGAACAAUACCGCACUGCUUUUGCAACAUAACCUUUGGGAAGUUAAAUGCAGUUGAUGCUUUUGAUGGUCUUCCCCAACCAAAUUCCACUUUUCUGGAGUUCAGACAUAUAACUAUCCCAUAUCAAGGUAUCUUAAAUAGGUAUUUUGAAAUUUACGAGGUAGAACAAAAUGCUGCUGCUGAUUUUGGAAUUGAGUUUGUGAUGAAAUAUAGGUCUUACUUCUACAAGGGUGGCAUACUUGAUAUCAUGUCUGGAUUGGAUUUGUCAUUCAACAAGUUAACUGGUGAAAUCCCUCUAGAGUUAGGACAACUAUCUCCAAUUCUUGCACUAAACUUGUCUUACAAUCAGUUGAUGGGUUUCAUACCAGCAACAUUCUCAAAUUUGACCCAGUUGGAGAGUUUGGACCUUUCUCACAAUAAUUUAAGUGGAGAAAUUCCUUCAAUAUUGAUUGAUCUACACUUUUUGGAAGUUUUCAAUGUGGCUUACAACAACUUAUCAGGAAAAGUUCCAGAUAUGAAAGGACAGUUUGGAACAUUUCAAAAUAGCAGCUAUGAAGGAAAUGCAUUUCUUUGCGGUCCACCACUAGAGAAAAGUUGCACCAGGGUUGAUAAUUCACCGCCAUUACCAAGAAAAUCUUUAACUACAAGUAAAGGGAAAUGGUGUGAAGUAGAUCCUUUAGUCUUCUCCACAAGUUUUUGGGUAUCAUACGUAAUUUUUUUUAUUGGUGUAUCUUGUAUUCUCUAUAUUAAUUCUAAUUGGCGACAAUGGUGCUUCAAUCCGAUUGAGUAUCAAAUGUAUAGGUGUUAUUAUUUUUCAUUUAAUAUGCUAAGAAGGCAAUUAAACUAUACAUGUCAUUAG